AUAUCUGGACCCAGGUCACAUCACAAUGAUCAUUCCUUUCCAGAUCCUCUGAAGUUGAAUCUCAGUUCUUUGGAUCCUAGCGUAAAAGAAUCAAUUGGAGAGACGAGUUCACAAAGUGUUGUUGUUGCAGUAGACAGAAUCUUCACAGGUUCAACUCGAUUGGAUGGUGAUGCCAUUGUAGACUUUGUUCGUGCUCUCUGCCAGGUUUCACUUGAUGAGUUGGCACAUGCGGCUCAUCCACGGAUGUUCAGCUUACAGAAGAUUGUUGAGAUCUCAUAUUACAAUAUGGGGAGGAUCCGUCUGCAGUGGUCGCGCAUCUGGCAAGUGCUUGGUGAGCACUUUAAUAAGGUUGGCUGUAAUCCAAGUGAAGAUAUAGCAUUCUUUGCUGUUGACUCCUUGCGUCAGUUAUCAAUGAAGUUCAUUGAGAAGGGUGAAUUUGCCAACUUUCGUUUCCAGAAAGAUUUUCUUCGCCCAUUUGAGCAUAUCAUGAAGAAAAAUAGGUCACCAACAAUACGUGAUAUGGUGGUACGUUGCAUAGCCCAAAUGGUGAACUCUCAAGCUCACAACAUAAGAUCAGGUUGGAAGAAUAUUUUUAGUGUGUUUCACUUGGCAGCAUCAGAUCAAGAUGAAGCAAUUGUCGAACUUGCCUUUCAUACAACAGGGAAGAUCAUCAAUGAUUUGUACAGCAAACAUUUCCCAAUCAUGAUUGACUCUUUCCAAGAUUCAAUCAAGUGUUUAUCAGAAUUUGCCUGCAAUGCUAGUUUUCCUGACACAAGUAUGGAAGCCAUUCGGUAUAUUCGAACCUGUGCCAAAUAUGUCGAUGAAAAGCCUCAGUUGUUUCGUGAACACAAUAUGGAAGACAUCAAUGUCCCAGAAGAAGACCGAGUAUGGGUACGGGGGUGGUUUCCCCUGUUGUUUGAGUUAUCAUGUAUAGUUAGUCGUUGCAAGCUGGACGUACGUACUCGAGGUCUUACUGUUCUAUUUGAAAUUGUCAAGACUUACGGUGAUGCAUUCCAGUCUCAUUGGUGGAGAGAUCUCUUUAAAAUACUGUUCAGGAUAUUUGACAACAUGAAGCUUCCAGAACAACAUACAGAGAAGGCAGAGUGGAUGACUACAACGUGCAACCAUGCUCUUUAUGCUAUUGUGGAUGUAUUUACACAGUAUUUUGAUGUGCUUGGGCCAUUGCUUCUUGAGGAUCUGUACACACAGCUACAUUGGUGUGUCCAGCAAGAUAAUGAGCAGCUGGCUCGCUCAGGUACAAACUGCCUGGAAAAUCUAGUCAAUUCCAAUGGUCUAAAGUUCCAAGAUUCAACAUGGGACAAGACAUGUCAGUGCAUGCUGGACAUAUUCAACUGCACCAUUCCAAGUGCUCUGCUUACAUGGAGGCCAGAUGAUGGACGAGAGGGCAAAGAGAGUGAUUUAGAGAUUAUUUCGAGUGAAAAUGGUGAUCCAAGUCAACAAGGAAUUCUUAAGCACUCCAAUAGUUUGUACAUUGUACAAAGCAACAGCAUACCACCUGGCUGUGCUGAAGAGCUUAAAAUAUUUAAAAGCAAGGUUGGAUCAGACCGGUUGUUUGCUGGUCUGCUGAUCAAGUGUGUAGUGCAACUGGAGCUCAUCCAGACAAUUGACAACAUUGUCUUCUUUCCUGCAACUUCACGGAAGGAAGAUCAAGAAAACUUGGCACUUGCUCAGGCAGACCUGCUGCAUGUAGAAGCUGGCUUGUCAGAGCAGCAGAGGGAGGAGCAAGGCAUGUACCGGAACUUGAGCUCUAAACAUCUCCUACUCCUUACCGAUUGUCUUCUCCAGUCACAUCGCUUUGCUAAGGCCUUCAAUUCAAAUCAUGAACAACGGAACCUGCUCUGGAAAGCAGGUUUCAGAGGUAAUGCAAAACCAAACCUUUUGAAGCAGGAGACUCAGAGUCUAGCUUGUGUACUUCGGAUCCUGUUCAAAAUGUACAGUGAUGAAACGAGGCAAGAUGCGUGGCCAACCAUCCAGCAGCGCCUUAUUGCAGUAUGUCGUGAAGCAUUAGAGUACUUUCUGUGCCUCCAAUCUGAGGCUCACCGUGAUGCUUGGACUUGUCUUCUCCUCCUGGUCCUUACAAGGAUAUUCAAGAUGUCUGAUGAAAGGUUUGCAGCUCAUACAUCCAGUUACUAUCCCCUCCUCUGUGAAAUUAUGUGCUUUGACUUGAAACCAGAACUUCGUUCUGUAUUACGCCGAUUCUUCUUGCGUAUCGGACCAGUUUUCAACAUCACGCUGGGAAGUCGGUCAGGGGGUGUACCAUGAUGCUGUGGGACUGGGCGAACUUAUACUCGCCCAUCAAUCAUUACCAGCUGGAACAUCCAGAAAACAACAGUUUGGAGAUGUCAUGCCUUGUGUAUGGAACUUCACUGAAUCUAGGUCAUAAUGAUGUGAAUAACAGGGAAGGUUGAGCCCGACCUCAUAGCUUUAAAACACUGUUUGAAAGCUGAUACUUUUAUGCUGCCUUUAGUUAUUCAUCCUUCCAUCUGUGUAUGUAGGCUUUGUAGUCAGGAAGUGUCAUAUUGUGACAAUCAAAAUUGAUUUUACAUUCAUCCAUGUGAAACAUGAUACAGAAGAAGUUGAAACCAGCAAGAUUUAUCUCAUUCUGUGCUUUAUCAUUCAAAUUACUAAAUGAUCUAAUAUUUUUAUUUUCCGUCUAUACACAAACUUAAAAUAAUGUUGUUUAAAAUUAUCUAAAAUUAUAACAUUCUCAGUAGACACUGCAUCUUGUUACAUUUUUUGUAUCGACGACAU